AUGGAAUCAUUUUCUAGACUUUUACAGCAUAAUGUUGCUUCUGGUCUUCUCAAUGGUAUUAAAAUUAACCAUCAUUGUCCUCCUAUCAAUCAUCUGUUUUUUGCAGAUGAUUGUUUGUUAUUCUUUCAAGCUAAUUCUGCUCAAAUGAAUCAUCUUAAACAUCUGAUUCUUUCCUUUGGACAAGCCUCAGGACAGGUUAUUAACAUGCAGAAGUCAACUUUGUUUUUUGGUAAGCACACUUCGAUUUCCCACAAGUCUAGUAUUUAUAGCAUUCUUAAUAUGAAAGUUAUGGGUUUGGGUGAAAAAUAUUUGGGCAUUCCUCUUUUGAUGCAUAGAUCAAGACAAAAAAAUUGUAAAGGUAUUCUUGAUAGCAUGACUAACCGGUUACAGGGCUGGCAUAGUAAAAUGAUUAACCAAGCAGGGAGAACAACUCAAGUGAAUGCAGUGCUGAGUACAAUGGGUAUGUUUCAAAUGCAGAUCCUUAAACUGCCAGAAACAAAAAUUCAUCACAUGGACAACAUCCAAAGGCGUUACUGGUGGAAUAAUUUUACCAACGAUCAUCCACGACAUCUUAUUGGAUGGAAAAAGGUAUGUGUACCUAAAAGAUUUGGAGGUCUAGGUCUUAAAAAUUUAACCAAUUACAAUUCAGCUCUUCUUGCGAAAUUGGCCUGGCAAUUAUUACAUAAUCAAGAUGUUAUGUGGGAAAAAUUGGUGAAAGGCAAAUACUUUCCUCAUAAUGAUCUGCAAUUCUUCCCUACGUCGGAAACUAACAAUUCAAGUUGGGUAUGGCAGAGUAUAUGUGUUGGGCUUGAAAUUGUUCUUAGAAAUGCAAAAUGGCAAGUAGGUAAUGGUACUCGCAUCAAUAUCUGGACUGCCAAUUGGAUUCCUUCCAUGCAGAAUGCAAUUCAAGAUUGGAGUGAUCUGAAUACAAGUAAUAUUCAAUGGGUUUCGGAACUAUUUGAUCCUCUCACUCAGCAAUGGAAUAUUCCGCUUCUUCUCCAUUUAUUUUCUGCAGACCAGGUGAAUUCUAAUCUCACUAUUCCUUUACAAUUAGAUCAGGAAGAUAAAUUGGUCUGUCCUUUUACUAGUACUGGCAUGUUUACAACUGCUUCAGCGUACAAGAUGCUUUGUAAAAAGGAAUUGCAUAUGGAUAUUUCAAUGGGUUUAUCUCAGCAAUUUUGGUUGGCAUUCUGGAAAUUGAAAGUACUUAUGAAUCAAACUGAAGAUCUGGACCAUUUGCUACUUCAUUGCUCCUUCUCUCAAGCUAUAUGGAAGAAUUUUUUCCCUAAUCAAUGUAGGGAUGUUUUCAGCAAUAUAACACCCAAUAAUCGAACUGUCAUACAUCAGAUAAACUCUUACAGGGUACAACAUCAGUUAGACACCGCAUUUGUUGCUCAUAAUCAUUACCAUUUACAGAACUACAUCUUACAUUUGCCUUGGGUUCCUCCUCCUAUGCAGUUCCUAAAGAUAAAUAUUGAUGCUUCAUAUAAUUCUGAAUCUUUGUUAGCUGGUAUUGGUAUUAUAACUAGAAAUUCUGCAGGGUCCUUUGUCAUGGGAAGAGGAACAUUGAAAAGAGCUAGAAAUGUUGAGCAAGCUGAAGCCUGGGCUAUGGUAGAAGCUAUGCAAAUAGCAGAUUCAAAUGGCUGGACUAAUGUCAUUUUUGAGACAGACAAUUGGAGUAUCAGUAACUUUUUACAACAUCAAACUAAUAUUUGUCAGUGGCAGUGUUUACCUCUUCUUAGAAAUUGUGUUAAUAUGUGUAAUAGCUACCCUAUGUUGUCUUGUGAGUUUGUUUAUAGGUCUUGUAAUAAAGCUGCAGAUGUUUUAGCAAAGCCAGCUCGAAAACAGAAUUUAUGCGUAAAUUGGUGGAGUUAUCCACCUGACUUAGUAGUUCCUUACAUAAAUCAUGACGUAACUAAUAUGUUUAUGCUCAUGCUGUCGCGUGCCGUAGCAAAAACUUAUGUUAGCUUAAAGUGGACCGCUGCCACGCUAGAAAGUACUAAUGUCUCAGAUUACUGGCCACUGACAGACACUCCUAGAUUCGCCAAUCCAACAUUCCUCUUAAGGAAACCUCUGUUAAAUGACCUUGUCAAAAUGAAUGUCAGUAAAAAUCAGAGCUGCCAAUUCGUUAAACAGCAGUUAAUGGAGUUGAGGUGCACUCAUGUCAUCAAUCUAGUUGUGUUUUCGUGA